UUUGGAACACAUGGACGUCGACCGUCAUUGUCGAGCCGUACUACGCGAAAAUGAUCUAAUAACCGUCGUUGUUAAAAAAAAUAUAGUCAGUGUCGAUACUCGGGAGAAAACAAUGUCCUUCAAUGUUGCGUCUAGUCGGGGGCGUUCAUUUGCUAGACUUUGAUCGAUGUUUAAAGGCCGCCGGGACUAACAGCAACACCGGCUUUAGAAAAAUUUACUGUCGUUGAGACACUAUGUUUUAUGCUGAGUGGACAUAGCAGUAUUAACCAGCUAGACCGGCUGUUGGCAAAGAUUUGCACCUCCUGCAGUCUAGGUUAUUUCCCGUUGCAAAUGGUCAUCUUCAGACUGGAUCCGUCGAGAUCCCUGCCGCCAAACACCACCGGAGCUUAAACCAUUACAAAAGGAUGCAGGUGAAAAAUCAGAUAUGCACAGAGAGGAGUACCGAAGACCCUGAGCAAGAUGACAACCAGAAAAAGACGUCAUGUUUUUCAAACAUUAAGAUAUUUUUGGUGUCGGAAUGUGCGCUUAUGUUAGCGCAGGGCACGGUUGGAGCGUAUCUGGUCAGCGUCCUGACCACGCUCGAGCGUCGCUUUAACCUUCAAAGUGCCGACGUCGGGGUCAUCGCCAGCAGCUUCGAGAUCGGCAACCUGGCCCUCAUUCUAUUCGUCAGCUACUUCGGAGCUAAGGCCCACCGGCCACGGCUGAUUGGCUGCGGGGGAAUCGUGAUGGCACUGGGGGCGUUGCUGUCGGCGCUGCCGGAGUUUCUUACCCACCAGUACGAGUACGAGGCCGGGGAUUCGUGGCAUGCGGAGGACGGCCGAGAUGUGUGCUCCAAUGUGUCUAGGACUGAGGCUAGAGACUCAGGCUUCCUGUGUGGGAACAGAUCCAACACCAACAUGAUGUACCUGCUCCUCAUAGGAGCCCAGGUGCUGCUGGGCAUUGGGGCCACACCGGUUCAGCCCCUGGGCGUGUCCUACAUUGACGACCAUGUUCGCAGGAAAGACUCCUCACUGUAUAUAGGUAUUGUUUUUUCAACUUUAGUUUUUGGACCAGCGUGCGGUUUCAUCUUAGGGUCCCUCUGUACCAAAGUCUAUGUGGAUGCCGUCUUUAUUGACACAAGUAAGCUGGACAUCACCCCAGAAGACCCUCGCUGGAUCGGGGCCUGGUGGGGGGGUUUCCUCCUGUGCGGUGCCUUACUCUUCGUCUCGGCCCUCUUCAUGUUUGGUUUCCCCCAGUCCCUGGAUGAGCAGGAUGUGGACAGCGGGGGGGAGAGCGAGCAGGCCAUGCUGCCUCCGUCCCUCACCCAGGAGUAUGAGGGGGAAAAGCCCACCAAUGGGGUCAUGCACGGCUUUGAGGCCAACAGUGGCCUCACUGUCUGCGAGCAUCUUAGAGUUAUUCCACGGGUGACCAAGCACCUGCUCUCCAACCCUGUGUUCACCUGUAUCACUCUGGCGGCCUGUAUGGAGAUUGCUGUUGUGGCAGGCUUUGCUGCCUUCCUGGGCAAAUACCUAGAGCAGCAGUUUAACCUCACCACCUCCUCAGCCAAUCAGCUGCUAGGCAUGACAGCCAUCCCCUGCGCAUGUCUGGGAAUCUUCCUGGGCGGUCUGCUGGUCAAAAAGCUGAACCUGUCUGCGCUUGGGGCAAUCCGCAUGGCCAUGAUGGUCAACCUGGUGUCCACUGCCUGCUACGUCUCCUUCCUGUUCCUUGGCUGUGACACAGGACCUGUCGCUGGGGUGACGGUUGCCUAUGGCAACGAGACUCUACGCUCCUGGCAAAGGCCAGAGUCUGCCUGCAUCAACAACUGCAACUGCUACACAGCCUCAGUAAGCCCUGUGUGUGGCUCGAAUGGAGUCACCUACCUCUCAGCCUGCUUUGCCGGCUGCAUCAAGCCUAACCUGACCGGCUGCGCAUGCAUCUCCAGCAUCAGUGAAGAAGCUGUGGCUCUACCGGGGAAGUGCCCCAGUCCAGGGUGUCAGCAAGCAUUCCUCACCUUCCUUUGUGUCAUCUGUGUGUGUAGUAUGAUCGGAGCCAUGGCCCAGACCCCCUCCGUCAUUAUCCUCAUCAGAACUGUGAGCCCCGAGCUUAAAUCCUACGCCCUUGGAGUACUGUUUCUGCUGCUGCGGCUGCUAGGUUUUAUCCCCCCUCCUCUGAUUUUUGGCAUGGGCAUCGACUCCACCUGCCUGUUCUGGAGCACAGUGUGUGGAGAAAAAGGUGCCUGCUUGCUCUAUGACAACGUGGCCUACAGGCAUCUCUAUGUGAGUAUUGCCAUCGUCCUCAAAUCCUCAGCUUUCAUCCUCUACACCACCACCUGGCAGUGUCUACGGAAAAACUACAAGAAGUACAUCAAAAACAGCGAGGGUUACCUCACUCCCACUGAACUGUUUGCCUCCAACGUAACGCUGGACAACUUGGGCAAGGAGAUCAUCCAAAACCCAGUCAACAGGACAAAGUUUAUAUACAACCUGGAGGAACAUGAAAUGUGUGAUAAUAUGGAGUCUGUUUUAUAGUGCCAAUGGGGCAGAGGGGGACUGUUGCCAUGACGUGCAAUUCACUUGAAGGACCAUCUUUCUUUAUUAUUGUCGCGAUCAAAAUAAUGUUUCGUUUUUUUAUUGUUAUAUUUUUUUUUAUCCGCUUCAUCUAAGUGCGGGUCUCCACAAGCCCAGGGAGACUGUAUUGCUCAGACGUAGCAUUUCGAGUCAGUGGUGGCUCAUGUGAGACUAAAUAGAUUUGUAGUUUUUGUCUGUCCGGCACUGUUUGCUUUGCCAUGUUUUCAUGUGUCAACUAGUUAUAUUUCUGGAUUAGGUAAUUGACAUGUCCAUUUUCCACAGAUAAAGUAUAUAAUGAAACAUCAUUGACUACCAACAAUUAGCAAUAAACAAGCUCACAAUUAUUGUUAAUUACCCAUUUAUCAAUUUCAUUUCCAUUUUCAUGAACGGUAUAGGAAUGUCUUGGCACUACAUAAUGCUUUAUCCCUUUACUAUUUCAUGAAGUGUAGUGUUCAUGUUGUAAACAUUUCACAAAAGUCAGACAAUGGUCUGUUUUGACAGAUUCCAUGUUUGGACCCAUUGUUUGUUUUGACAAUGCUUUUAAAUUCUAAUCUAAUGUCGCUUACAUAGUUAGUCAUAGGCUGUAGUUUGAGAUGUUAACAACAGUCAAGGCUGUAGUUUCAGAUUUUAACUCCAGAACAUGUCAUAUGAACGAUUAUUCUUUCUCCCUUUCAGAAUGUUUUCCUCGGUCGAGACAAAUGCAGAUUAAAAAAGAGAACCCCAGGACAGGCGAUGUUAUUUUGAUUUUAAAGCAUGCAAGUAAUGCAUGUAAUGAAACAAUUAAGAUAUAUUCAGUAUGUCACUUGCACGGACAUUGAAGAGGUUGCUGACACAAUGGUCAUGAUGAUGGUUAAAUCUACAUUUAGCUGUUGAUAAAACCUCUAAAGUAUAUUUUUGACCAUUCAAAAGGCUUUAUAAUAAUGCAUACUGCAUUGUGACAUUGACAAAACAAUUACUUAAUAAUGGUCUAAUAUUGACCUUUGCUCACUCUUUCAUGGCAUCACUAAGAGGAUCAUUUGAAUUAGUUGUUUUCACAUUAAACUUCAGAUGAGCAUGUGGAAGGUUAUGAUGCUCCAGCAUUCAACAAAGCGUCCACAGUGUUCUUUUGUUGAGAUGUGUUCUUUUGUUGAGAUGAGAUGUGUGGUAAUAUUCUUACACAGCUACUUCAAGACUUUAUCCAGUAUGGAAUUAAAAUUGCACAUAUCUUUGUAGUUUUCCAACUUACGUUGUAAGAAUUCAAUAUGUUUUGCAUCAAAAACAUGUCUAGCUAUCUACCACUGAAACAUAUCAUGUAUUUAGCAUAGCAAUGUACACAACAGGAAUGAUAUACAUUAUGAUUUUUUAUGGAACAUCUUACAAAACAAUAGAAUGGUGCGGGGAGUACUUUUAAAUGUUACUGUAACGUAGAUGGACAACACGUGACCAUUCUGAACCAGUUAAGUGACUAGCAAACCCUGAUUAGCUGUUGUCCUGGUGACCAUUGGGAAUUUAGAGAUGAUGACUGUGUUUAGUUAAAGGAGCUUCCUCCUCAUCACUCAUCACACUAAAUAGCUGUAGUGUAAAUUGGCUUUAACAAAUGUGGGUACGCACACAGCUCAUGGGUCACAACCAGUAUCCUGAUUACCUCUACGUGUUAGCGACAAUAGUUGAAACAAUCUUCUAUAACAUAUUUUCUCUGUCAGAACAUUAGGGUACGUGAUGAGUUGUAAUUGAUAUCCGGACAUAAAAGUAUCAUCGUACUUGUUCAGUUUUCUAUGUACAUAAUUGUGCCAUAAAAGUGCCAAAGUGAUGCCAUAUAAGUGUUCUAUAAGGUUCUUCCACUGAGGACAUAAUUCAUCAUGCUGGAUUUUAGAAAAAGGAAAUAUCACACACACAGGAUCUUUAGCUGUAUGUAGCCUUUUUUUGUGAUAUCCCCAGAUUAAUUUGACCAUAUCAUAAAAUAUAUGUGUCUGUUCCAAAAGUAUUGCCUAUAAAAUGCUGUAUAUUGGUCUAGAAUACAAUGUUAUUUAGGAUGUAUUAAUUGUUAAUAUGUAGGCUUUUCUACUGAUGAAGUUGUCUUAAUUUGAAUAAUUAAUUUUUCAUUAAUGGCAAAGCUGAUACCUGUUUGUUGCUUUGUUUAAAGAAAACAUUUUGCUUGAAGUAAAUGGCACCAAUGUACAGCUACAGCGACGACUGAUAUAGAUGAGGUCAGUUCUAGACAAUAGCCUAAUUAAGAAAUAGCAGUACUGCACCUGUGCCUGGAUAUGUAGACACAACUCCGUACAUCAAGGCGUGCCAUAUCAACUUGAGCACUGUAAAAUCACUAUGCGCAAAGAAGCCAGCAACAACCAUUGGCAAGUGUGAAAUUGCCUGCUUACUUUUUAUUCACUGCGGCAAGAGAACUGUUUCCUUCUGGCACCAAUGUGCUUGAGACUUUGCCUUGUGAUGAAUAUUAACUCUGUUGUACUCAUGGCUUUUUGUAAACUUCCUUUGAUCCCAUUGCUCAAUUUUAAUCUAGCCUUGUGGCAAAGACAGUUUGAGUUUUAGCUGACUUCUGGAUAUGGAAGCAUGGCCUCUUCCUGUGGCACAUGCAUUGAUUUAAGCCUUUGGUGAGCAUAACUGGAUUUGAGGUGAGACCCAGUGCAUACCAUGUUUGUAAAGGUUUAUAUUGAUGUGUUGCCUAACGGUGUUGACGAUAUACGUAUAUCAAGCUUGUGACACUGCAGGAAACCUUUGAAAAAGAAAGGCUUUGAAAAAUGAAAAUAUACGUAUAUUUUCAAAAUGUUGAA